UGCAUUGAUAUAGUUUAAAGAGGGUCCUCGCCCGCUCGUCGUAAAUAAGACAAAGGGGUGAAAUCUGCCUCUCAGAUGUUAUGCAUGGAACAUACAUAAAAUGAUUCAUCAGUGAUGGCAACACUAUUCGGCAUGGAUUGUAAUCGGAUAACCACUAUGUUCCUGGUGGUGAUUUGGAGCCGGUUCAGCACGUGCGUCAUAACAGAUGUGCAACUUGUUGGUGGGCCGGAUUCUAAUAAAGGAACAAUUGAGAUCAAGAUAGACAACGGGACAUGGGAGACAGUAUGUGGGACUAAUAUCGAUACCACUGAUGUCAUUCUAAUCUGUAAACAUUUAGGAUUCAAGGGAGCAAGCAGAGCAAUAAAGCAGACGUCUUAUGGACAGAAUUCAACUCCCAACCAUGGGUUAUUGUGUGCUGAAGAUGAUACUAACCUGUCGGAGUGUUCAUUGGUAAUGGGAUGUUCUGUAGCAGGAGCAGCUUCUUGCCAUGGUGAGGGAUAUCUUGGAUGUUUUGUGGACAUGAGGAGUGAGAGGGUGUUGUCAGGCGAAAGUCUGGUAAAUAUUUCAAUGAUGACCAUUCCUUAUUGCAUCCAGUUCUGUCAAGGGUCUACCACAUCUAACUAUACAUUCGCUGGUGUUGAAAAUGGAAAUGAAUGUUACUGUGGUGAAGCCAGUGAUAACUAUACUAAACAUGAAAAGCAUUCGGACGAUCAAUGCCAUGUUGCAUGUUCAGGAUAUCCCACGGACAGCUGUGGUGGGGCAGGAAACAUAGCUGUAUUCAACAGCUUAUAUGCAGGGAUCGGUGGAGGUGUUGCUGCUGUUGUGAUUAUCAUCAUAGUUAUCAUCGUCACCGUUUGUUCCACAAGGAGGUCACGACAGCGAAGAAAGGGUAUCGCUUCUUCACAAAGAGCGACGUUGACUCCAGUCGGUAGGCCUCAAGCAUACGAUGAGAUAAAUGACUUCGGUAUCCGCAACGGUGCAAUGGCAGAGGCGUCAUCCACCAGAAGCUUCCAACCUGGGGCACGAGCACAGAGUAACGCGAAUUCUUCUAGAGGAAACAAAAAUGUUCUCCUUGUUAAUCUGAGUCCCAGGAAAUCAUCGAAUAUAUAUGAGGAGACAAUGGAUGAAAUCCCAGACACAGAACUGACGUCAUAUGCUUCUUGUGGCACCACUGCGAUUAAACAGAACAGCAACGACCGAUUAAGCGUCCUGUACGCCACGCCUGACAAGAACGGAAGCGGAGCACAGGACGGCUACGACGAAAUUAAUCUCGGAAUUGCACCCUACUCUUCUUUUGAAAAUCCUAAGCAGCCAACAUCCUCGGCGAAGAUGACCGACAGAAUGAGCGUCGUUUACGCUGCACCCGAUAAGAACGGCGAACGAAACGGCACCUCGGAAGAUAAGGACAGUCUGUAUGCCAUGCCAGAUAAGAAUGGAAAUCGAAACCCUUCGGAUGAUACUUCGGAAGAUGUCGGCAGUUUGUACGCGAUGCCCGAUAAAUUCCGAGGAAAGCCGGUUGGACACGAUGGUGACCAGUAUCUCUACGCUAAAGCUAAUGACUCGUUUUCUGUUGAUCAGUUUGAUGAAAUGGAGAUGGUUGAAAACGAACUGUAUUCUUUGUGAAUAAAGAGGUGUUAGUGAAGUAAGAGCAAACUUGGUAAAUGAAUGAAAAACAUUACAAAAUCUUUGUUCAGUUUUUUUUAAAUGUCGUAUAACUGAUCAUUAGAUUUGGGAAUUUGCAAAGCUGUACAAAAUCAUCCACACAAUUAUUAUUUUGCUUUUAAUCAAUCUUUCUACACUAUCCUGUUCAUUCAAUAACUGCGUUCCUUCAAGACAUAAAAUGUGAACAGAAGAAAACAAGAUGUAGAAAUGUACAUGUAUCUUAUUGCAGAAUUGUCAAAUGAAUGUUAAUAAACACAAACAUAUUUGUACAAAUACUAUAAGGAGAAUAAUUCAUCUUAAAUCAAAAGCAAUGCCACAACAGAAAAGAUAAAUCCAUCUUCUUUUUGUACUAAAAUAAGGAUAAUUUCAUCUUUACGAUGAUUACACUAAUUGAUCAGCUAAUGUGUUUUGACGAUGCAUAGCAACCAAAAUUGCAGCAUAGAAUAAUGAUGAAGAUAAGGGGAUUCAUUGCAUAUCUCUUAUUAAUAUUGCUUAUGAAAUUACGCUCUGACAAAUAACUAAUUUUGUGUACUUCAGACAUUUAUUAUGCAGAAUAUGGGAAAUCUUAUUAUCUUAUGUUAGAUUGCUGAAAAAACGCAAUAUGCUGAAUGGUGUAUGCAGUGCUCAAAGCUAAUUGUAUUGGAUCAAUAUUAUCUGAUUAUGCAGUAGAUUCAUAUAACCAUGAAAGAUGACAGAAAUACAUAGCAAAUGCAAACGAGGCAUAAAUGAUAUUACCCAUUAAACUGAUUUUGGUUGUGUUCUUACCUACUGUAUUGGUAGAUGUUAAAGCACUUAUUUUGAUUUUGGUGACUGGUGACGAUGCAAAUCAGUGGAUAUUCAGUACUACGUAGCAUUAUCGUUAUCA